CAAAAUUUGACCCGAAGAUAUUAUUGUUCUCUCUUGACUCUCUCUCAUCGAAAUUUUCUGCUGAUUCUAUCUUUUGAGAUGACCCUCUUCUUUCGCUCAAAGCAAUCUAUCUAUCGUCUCCAUCUGUGGCUCAGUCCCUUAAGCUUCUCUCUCUCAGAUCUCUCUUUCUCUCUCUCAUCACUUGACAAUGUGUGCUAUAAAUGGCAUUCUUGUUUGCUCUUUUCCGUGGGUUUCAGUUAAAGUUUCGAUCUUUACUGAGAUGGGUCGAUUCUAAUAGCUCAAUAAGGUUAUGGGUUUUUUCUCCUCGAAUAUUUACUCUUAUUGUCAUGCAUUUUUUUCCAUUUUGAUGUUAAUUGUCGUGGCAUUAUUUUGAUUUUGGUAUUUUCAUGUGUUAUAGCUCCUUUGAGGUUGGCAGUUUUUGUAGGUUCAGUAUUUUUUUUUUUAAUAAAUGGCCAUUUCUGGAAAUUGGGUUGUUUGAAUUUGUCGAUAAACAUAUUGCCCGUACGAAAGAAAAAGAACAAAAGAAAUGGAAGGUGUAAAACAUGUAGGGAAAGAGGGGCCUUGUUUUGAAGAGUAUAAUGUGCCUUAUCAGUGUUCAAAAUCAAUUGCAAUGCUACCUUCACCCGCUAGCAAUGGCUUUAGCAGCUUUGUUUCAUUAGCAUCUUCAAGCAAUGUUGCUACUUCAAAGCAGAAAGUUCUCCCGAACUCAACAGGCAAUUAUUCUCAUUGUUCUGUUGGAUUAAUAUCCGAAAGCUCACUAAGGAAAUCCAAUCCCUUCAUCUUGGAUCUGUCGAACUAUGAAAGACCGAAUUUGACGAUGAAGACUCUCAAGUACGAUAAUCUCGACUUUAUUAAUAUCGUCGAAGAAAAUAGUAGAACUUCCGAAAACAAAAUUACAUCGGAUGACUAUAAAGAUGGAAAUAAAUUUUCUAAAGUUAUGCUGAAGUCCGAGGUGCUUACUGGUGGUAUUUUUGAAAGAGUUAAAAGGAAAAGAUGUUCUUCUGUUGUGGAAUCCUCGUCACAGUUGUAUCAGGGAUUCAAAGACUGUAAUAAACCAGCUAAGAUUGAAUGGAUUAUGAAGGAGAGUCUGAAAGAGAAAGCUUUGGGAAAUUCGGAUGAAAAUAGAGAUAUGCCAGACAGUGUCGAAGAAGGCUCUGGACAAGGUCCGCACUUAACUCCUGAUGAUGUCGUGAGAAUUAUUGGUCAGAGUCUCUUUCACAAAGCAAGACACACGAUUUUGGACCAGCAGAAAAUAUUUUCUAGCCAGAUACUCGAGUUACACAGACUUAUAAAGGUGCAGAGGUCUAUGGCCAGAUCACCACAAAAGCUACCCGAAAAAAACUUCAAUCUAAACAAGCCACCAAUCCAAUUCUCCCUUAUGGAGAAGCUUCUCUACGCAAAUCCUCUCGAUCGACCGAAAAAAUUCGACACCCUAAAAUCUAAUUCCGAACAAGUACACUUUCCUCCAAAGCUUCCAAUGACCCCAAAUAUCCUUUCUAGUACCGAUGCUAAAAUAGUGCCACCGUAUAUUUUGCAUCCGCCAAUUGGGAACCAAUGGCUGGUCCCCAUUAAAUCGCCAUCUGAGGGACUCGUUUACAAGCCUUAUCCCAGGCCUUAUUUCCCUACCAGCAGCAUUGCCUUUGACAAUGUAAUUGGUCAAGGUUAUAUUUGUAAUUACGCCAUGCCACCAGUAAAUAAUGCUAGUGCUGAGAAUAUCCAGUCCAAAGAGGAGCCGGUGGAGAAAGACGGUCUCGCCCUUUUCCCUAUGACUCCAUUGGGGGAGGUGUCGAAGGAUGGAAAUGACGACAGUCGAAAUACGAGAGUAGUCAAAGUUGUGCCUCACAACAGGAAAUCGGCACCGGAAUCAGCUGCACGGAUUUUCGAGUCUUUGCAGGAAGAGAGAAGGGUUCUUCGACUUUCUUCAUGCACAUGACUUUGUCGUUCUUCACAUGCACGAGCACUAUCCCAUCAAUACUGAUCCACAUCUCGGGCUCCCUAGGGCCCGAAGUCGAGCUCUCCACGACAAUCUCGUGCUCCCUCCGCCGCCUCCGGUCAAACCGGGCCCUCGUGGAGAAAGACUUUUUCCCGAGCACGUGUUCCUUCUUGUAGAAGAGCAACGGGUCGACGAUUGCGGGCCGGGCCUUGGCCCGUUUGUAGGCCUUUUUUUUUUGGUCUCCGAGGAGGAGGACGAUUUCGUCAUCCUCUGAUAUGAGGGCGACGUAGUAGUCUGAGGUGGGCUCGGGCCCACUGGUUGAGAAUUUGGCGGAGCGGAGGUCCCAGUAAGCGUCGAGGUGGGUCUCGCCGUCGAGGUGGAGGGUCUUGAAGCCUUUCUUGGCCCAGAAGUGCCAGGGCUUGAGGUCGAUUUUGGAGGUGUAGACGAGGUUUUCGUGGUCGAUGGAGAUGGUGAGGGAGUAGUUCAUGAGGUUCUUGGACCAGAGGAUGGUGACUUUGCGCCAGAAGCCGGAGAUGUGGGCUUGGUAGACGCACGUCACGCUUGUUUGACAUGUUUUGGUGUUUUGGCUUAGCGCGGGUUGAUGGGAGGAGGAGACUGAUUGGGACCUCGAGGUGACACGGUAAGCCAUUAAGGAGUUAUUU